GCUAUAACACAAAGAAGAAGAAUAAAACCGGAAGCGUCAUUUUUUCUCCUGCUGGCGAUAGCUAAAGCUACGUUGGUGUCAUCGUCUUAUCGGUUUGGGGGUUGACAACAGAAACAGCAGCCUUAUUUCGUGUAGAGCCACAAAGACCAAUUUUAACUGGACUCUCUGGAGAGAUGAACAGCAACGGGAAUAAGAGAGCUCCAACCACAGCCACGCAGCGACUUAAGCAGGAUUACCUCAGGAUAAAAAAAGACCCUGUGCCUUACAUCUGUGCAGAACCUCUACCCUCCAACAUCCUAGAAUGGCACUAUGUAGUCAGAGGUCCUGAGAAAACUCCAUAUGAAGGAGGAUAUUAUCAUGGAAAACUCAUAUUUCCUCGGGAAUUUCCUUUUAAACCACCAAGUAUCUAUAUGAUAACACCAAAUGGGAGAUUUAAGUGUAAUACAAGGUUAUGUUUGUCCAUCACAGACUUCCAUCCAGACACGUGGAACCCUGCGUGGUCCGUCUCCACCAUCCUCACAGGUCUGCUCAGCUUCAUGGUGGAGAAAGGCCCCACCCUCGGCAGCAUUGAGACCUCGGACUACACAAAAAGACAGUUGUCAGCCCAAAGCCUGGCCUUCAACCUCAAGGAUAAAGUGUUCUGUGAGCUGUUUCCUGAUGUAGUCGAUGAGAUGAAGCAGAAACAGAAGGCCCAGGAGGAGUUAAGUGCCCGCACUCAGCCCCUCCCCUUACCCGAUGUGGUACCCGACGGUGACCCUCAGCACGCCCACUAUGGCCUCCCCGCCCUCAAUGGAGGUCCCGCCCCCCUCGGGGGUGCAAACCACGCCCCCGGCUUGCAGCAGGCCAAUCGCAACCAUGGACUUCUAGGUGGGGCUCUUGCCAACCUCUUUGUGAUUGUAGGCUUUGCGGCAUUUGCCUAUACAGUCAAGUACGUGCUGAGGAGCAUAGCCCAGGAGUGAGAGGACCCGGUGUUGUAAGGCGGCGCUCCUCCCUCCCCCCCCCUGCCCCCCCCCUACAGGUGAGCCAGCUAGUGGACUCCACAUUCUACAAACACUACGUGGGGGAGGGAUGUUCAGUCCUGGGUUAAACCCCUCCACAACCACCACCACCACCACUACCACCACUACCAUGGACUUUGGAAGACAGCAACUCAAAGCCCACCCACCCAGGAAGGAUUGAGAGGAGGGGGAGGGGGAGGGGGAGUGGACGGGAGUGGCAUUAGGGCUGGGGGAUUGGAGGGGCUUAUUAAAACGGUUGCGAUUCACUGUGUUUCAGUGGUUUAUGUCAGCAGUAGGAAUAAACUUGGCUCAUGGGUUAUGGAAGAGUGUAGAACUGAGGACAUGGUUUGUUGCACUGUGCUGAAGCCAGUUCCCAACAACAGAAAGAUGCUAAAUAUCAUAAAACAUUAAUGAUAAAAGCUUAUGUUUCUUAAACAUUUAAGUAGGUAGUUCACAAAGAAGGUGUUGCCCUUCCCAUCACUGCUACAAGUAUUUCCCUUCCUGGUUAUUCAUCAUGUCGUAGAGACUCCUCAGGGUAUAACUUGAUGAUGCUGUUGUUCCAAAAUCAAGAGAAAAGGAGUGCCAUGAAGACCAGGUGGGUAGUUCUCCUAAUUAAUGUUGUCUUUGACCAAAUUUGAACCACGGUUUUGGGAAUCGCAGUCGGUGUUUGCAUUGGAGUCAGUUUUCUUUGUUAUGCCUUUCCAUGUAGUAGCAUCAAGGCGAGACGUUUCUAAGACGUAACCUGUGCUGCAGCUCAAUAACUGGUUUCUCUACCAACAAUUAUCUGCCUUCACUAAAUCACACGCAUCUGAGUAAAGGUGGAAUGUGUUGAUCUCCAGAUAAAAUAGAAAAUUCAAUCAUACAGACACUCAUGAUAUUACACAUGUGUCGUAACAUGCUGAUUGACCAUAAAAUUGAAUUGUUACAUUCCUACCCCUGUCAAAGGUUGGCAUGCUCAAGAUCUUGAAGUUGUGCCAAGAAUAUGCCUGUGUAUUGAUUGCACAAAUGGAAGCUCAACCGCCUCGUGUUCCAUGUAAGGUUAACAGAAGUUUUAUGACCUGAUCUAUGACCUGUGAAAGGUCAAAGCUCAUAAAACUCACUGACAGAGACGGCAUACAACUGCUAAACUAAAUCUUAACCCAGCAAAAAGUACACAACAGUGUGAUAAAAGUAGAACUUUGUGCACUUGUCCUUUUUAUGUGUAUUUCAUUGAUAGGAUCUAUUUUCUGCAGUAAAGCGUAACCGCUGAGGCAUCACAGGCCGAGCAAACGGCGCAGAAAGUCGUCUUACAAAGUCAUCAACCGUAUUGACAAGUGUAUUUAUAUCUGUAUCUCAAUUAAUAUAUACAUAAAACGCAUCAAACUUGGCCUGUCGGUCUGUGAAAGAGCUACUGCUACGUGGUCAGAGUCCAGGCGUGCUCUCCUGUCAGGCCAUGAGCCAAGCAGUGAGCCCAGGGUCUGCACACAAGUAAAUAAAGACCAGUACCUUCCUUAAAUUGGCUUAGCUGACCAGUAUAGCAGCACUCUAUAUAGGUCCAAGUGAAGAGACACAUGAAGAGAACUGACACUUUUGUUUCUGUAUUUUAUUUUCUAUUUGAUCUUUUUUUUCUUUUUUGUUCUCUUAUUUAUAGAAACAGCCUUGGGUUUAUCUGUAAUCAUUCUAAGGAAACGUCUAUUUUUUGCCAAGCAGGGCAGUGCGGGCAAACGCAAGCACAGACUUGCCUCGGCCUCGGCUCACGUAACUGCUGAUAAUUUACUGUUGUGCAUUGCAUUUAGUGAAGAUGGUUCUACUGUGUAUCGGUUUCAACAGAAACAUUUGUCUGAAAGCAGAAGAUUUGCCUUUCUAUAGCUCUUUUUAUGGCAUCAUCUUAAAAAAAAAAGACGAACUGAUGAUGAUGGGAGUGCGUUUGUGUGAUCAUACAGCAAAUGCCCAAAUUUCCAUGCUUCAGUUAAUCUUGUGUGACAUUGUAUGUUUUCAUAGUAAAUGCAAAUAAAUUACCCUGCUUGGCAGGGCGUUUUAGGAAA